GACUCGACAACAUAUCUCCACACACGCAGUGCCUCUAACAGAACGCCUCAAUCCAACAUAUCGCGAUUGUAUUGUACAAGAUUCAAACAAUCAUCCUCCGUCGUAGUAUUUUUAUAAAUAAUCGAAGUAAAUCGAUUUUUGUUGAGGUGAAUUUCCGGUUUUGUUUACGAGGUUAGGUACUUAUUCUUUUUUUUUUAAUAGGAAAGCUGUGAUAAUUAAAUUCGUAUAGAGACUGAUGUGUUUUUAAAUCUUGUGAGUGAUUGUGUUUAAUUUUAUUGGUUUUUUUACGAACUAACUUUCUGGAAUAUGGAAUGAUGUCACGUUUUUACAUUAAUUCCAAUUCUUCGUUGGCUAAUUAUCAACAAUAUGAGGACCGGCUUACAGCUACCGGGCAUGGUUCCCUGACACUCAGCGGCGGCUCGCCUGGUGGCGGCUAUUCCGCGGGGGGUUCAGCCGCCCACCACCGAGCCGCCUCAGGCCUUCACCAUUCGGCAGCGGCAGCCAUGCAGCAUCAAUUACCGCAACCGGAUUUCCAACCCCCUUAUUUUCCACCACCAUUUCAUCACGCACCUAGUCCACCGCCACAACAGCACUUAGAGUACCUCACGGAUCCCUACGGGGGUCUUUCGGGGCUACACCAUUACAACCAGUUGGGUUUAAGGCCGAGAGAUGGCGAUGGUAGCCAUACACACGUUAGUCAGUUAGGUCAUGGAACGAGUUUUCCCUACAGUACCGGUCCAGGAGGAGGACGACCCGAUUAUACGACAGCGUCUCAACGACACGACGAUCCACUUUCACUUCAUCAAGCCCUUGGUCAAGCAGUAGAAGACGCACAAGGAGGUCUAGAUGACAAUGCGGGUUUUAUUACCGACUUACCUCUAAUUAAAAACAUAAAAGGAAAAGACCAUGCUGGAGGAUCCAUGGUUUCGUCCAACGACGUCUUUUGUUCGGUACCUGGUAGAUUAUCACUAUUAUCAUCAACGUCAAAGUACAAAGUAACCGUAGGGGAAGUACAACGCCGAUUAUCUCCACCGGAAUGCCUCAACGCUUCUCUUUUAGGAGGAGUACUCAGGAGAGCGAAAAGUAAGAACGGUGGACGCAUCCUCAGGGAAAAAUUGGAGAAAAUCGGUUUGAAUUUACCAGCCGGAAGGCGAAAAGCUGCCAAUGUCACGUUACUUACUUCCUUAGUUGAAGGGGAAGCUGUACAUUUAGCUAGAGACUUCGGAUAUGUAUGCGAGACUGAGUUUCCUGCUAGGCAGGUAGCGGAAUACUUCUUACGUCAAAAUGGAGAGACUUUGAGGAGAAAGGAACUUCUCCAAGCCACCAAACAAAUAACGAAAGAGCUCAUGGACCUUCUGAACCAGGACCGUUCGCCGCUAUGCAAUACUAGGCCGCAAAUAAUCUUAGAUCCAUCCAUCCAAAGACACCUGACGCAUUUUUCGUUGAUCAGUCACGGAUUCGGGGGUCCUGCUAUUGUCGCAGCUCUCACAGCUAUACAGAAUUUCUUAAACGAAUCCCUGAAACAUUUGGAUAAAGUGUUUCCUAACCAGAACGCUCAGCCGAUGUUAGUGACGUCUUCGUUGGACAAGGGGAAGCUGGAGGACAAGAAGUGACGACUUAAGAAUCUCUUGUAUGUUGUGAUCUAAUCGUCGGAUUAGUUUUUUUUUUAUAUCUAAAGUUGGUUGUGGUCAAACGCAGGUUUUUUUUUAAAGCGAAUAUGCAAAAAUAUGUGCAAUAUUUUAGUGAAAAUUCCAUUGUUGAUAAAGGUUUUUCGUUUAAUCUAAUCUGGUAUAUAAAAUAUUACGUUACGGACCACAAUAAUUGAUUCAUACAGUAUAUUAACGAAUUUAUAUUCAAUUCAAUCUUCCCGCUCUCGCCAUCUAUAUUUGGUAAACUAACUAACUAGCUGUUAUUUUUCAUACAUAACCUGUAAUUGAGGAGCUUUUACCUGAAAUUAGCAAUUUUGACAUUCGUAAUGACAAUUGGGAGCUACAGAACAAAAUUGAUAUGACAAAAGUGUGACUGAAAUCAUUACUCGUGUAUCAGGGGAAAUUAUAAUCGAAAAGUUGGCAGUUCAAUUCAGAUUUCCUUCUCUCGCCAUCUAUGAAUAGAAAACUGACUAACUAGCUGUCAUUUUUCAUACGUAACAGAACAAAAUCUAAAUAUCAAAAGUAUCACUGAAAUACGUUGUGAACUUUGGCAACCUUGUGACAUCGGUCUGCGACGUUGUAAAAUUUAUUUUUGUGAAAAUUAGAUACUUUUAACCAAAAGUGUAGCGCCAGCCGUGUGAGAUCGUUCUCAGGUGUCAAAAUUAGUAAUUCAGACGGAAUUUUUUGCCUGUUUUCCAUUACCUAAACAUAAUAUUGUUACCAUAUCAUUUAAUACCAAAACCAUGAAAAAAAUUAGAACGUGGCAACGACGUAAAGCAACGCCAUAUUGGAUUAUCCGAACUCAAAAAAUAGAGAAAAUAUUAAAUAUAUAGAGAGUGAGGUAUGAGAACUGCUGGUAGAAAGGGAAAAAACAUCAUUAUACCAUUCUUUAUCUCAAACAGAAAAACAAGAAAUUUGACACAAUCACAUGAAUUCCACAACAGUAAAACAAAAACUCUGUGCAAUAUAGUUGGAAUUUUCUAUUACUUUGACAGCCAUAUUUAUCAUUGUAAACAAGAGCAAAUUCAAAUUUGGCGCCAAUAUGUGAAUUAAAAGAUGGUUGAUAUUUCAGAAUCAGUCAACAGUAUGGCGUCAAUUUAUUACGUCAUUACUAGCGGGCCAGGAUAUUGAAGUGUAUUUCGAAAUAAUGGCUAAUUAGCUUUCGAUUGUCAAAUGUCAAAACUUUUAGUUUUGUAUUAAACAGAUUGCUUAUUCUUUCAACGAACCGUUAACACCAAUUUCGUUUUUUUUUUUUUGGGUUAUUAUACAGUUUAAAGAUUUCACAUAUAAUAUCUAGGUUAAAAAAGUUCAUAGCAAUGUUAUAGAAUAGGUAAGUACAAGGAUUUUAAUAUAAAUACAUUUUAAACAGUGCCAUUUGUUAAAAUAGCUCAAUUAAGCCACUUAUUGAAUAGUGCCAAAUUAGUUAAUUUAAUUUUUUAAUGAUCUUAAGUGCCAAAAAACAAACUGUUUUAAUCAGAAUGUAUACUUGAAAACUGCGUUUGACUGGUAUCUAAGUUUAAGUUGAUUGAAUUAUGAAACAUUUUUCAUAAAAUAAUAAUCUUUGAUGUAUACGAAAUUUUUAGGUCAAUACGAUUUGGUAAAAGCCCUAUAACGUGUGGUGUUUUUUUUUAAUAACGAUUAAAAAUAUUAGAUAACUUUCUCCUAACGAAUUUAUUUUAAAAUUACAAAAGUUGUACUUUUAUUAUUUGGUCUAGGGGGCAAUUAAGUUUAUUAGUUUCAAUUUAUACAACAGGUGUACAUUAAAUGGAAAACCAUUAAUAAGGUUUAUGAUACGAUGAUCAGUAUAAUUAUUUAACAUCAUAAACAGUUCAAAAUCUUGUUUCAUACUUAAGAUACGAGAUUAAUAAAAGGUUAGUCUUUAGUGCAAAUUAUAGUCCACGUUUUUAAUCAUAGUAAUUUCACUAACAGUAUCGAUUUUUUUGCAUAAAUUAAAUUUUUAUUAUUCAGUCAACUUAUAACUUGAAUUUGUUUAAAACUGUUAUGAGUAUUAUUUUGUUUAUUAUGUAAUUAAUUAUUUAUGUACAUAGAUAUUUAUAAAUAUAUAUUUUUCAAACAGUGCCAAUACCAACAGUGUAAAUAUACAUUUUGGAAAAUUAUAUUAUUAAAAAUCUCAA